AUGGGCUGCGGCUGGCAGGGUGCUGGGGCGCGGUUUGUAGGGUGCUGGGGCGCUGUACAAGGCGCAGAGCAGACGGUCUUGGUGCAUGGGAACUCCCUCAGCAGCAGCCUGGCGACGGUACUGCUGUUUGCAGUGUGCACUGCGGGGCGUGCUGCGACCUUGCUGCGCACGCUGACGCACGCGCUGCUGCGGCCUUGGCAGGCGAUCGGCCGAUCUCCGGCGACCCUUGGAGUUUGGGAGAUUCGAUUAAUCGGACCACCAAGAUUAGUCGAAGUAGUGCUCGGCCAGAUAUGCCGCCGUCUGCUGCCAUCUGUCGAAAGCCACCCGUGCCCAGCCGCGAGCAAGCGCCCGCAGCCAAUCGUCGUCAUGAAUUCCCCAGCGACACCCAACGACACCCGCGCGAGCCACUCGUCCCGCCUGCCUGCUCGCGUAUCGCCACCGUUCGUGUUCUUUGUGCCCCGCUCCCAGCGCGAGAAGCACGCGCGCCCUAGUCCGCUCACGCAUAGGAUACAUGCAGCGCACGCCCGCGUGAUCCUAGACGCCCGCACGCCAGUCCGUAUCGGCAUAGGAGAGCCGCAGAAGUUUCAAAAUACCCUCAUGCCUGAAGCUGCGGUGGUGAGUGCAACUGUAAAGGAGUGGAAUGAAUUUGUUGAGAGGAAGAGAGCAUUUUGA